AUCGCGGGCUGCCGUUCAGAGACAUUGUCUGGCGCGUUUGCUCUUCUCUCGACGCUCCUUCAGCUAACACUUUUCCAUUGGCGAGGCUUCUUCGACCCAACAUGAGGCUCUCCAGCGCCCUCCUCCCGCUCCUGGCGGCGCCCUUCGCCGCAGCGGAGCACACAUCCAACUGGGCCGUACUUGUAGGGACAUCACGCUUCUGGUUCAACUACCGCCACCUCGCCAACGUCCUGUCGCUGUACCGUACAGUCAAGCGCCUCGGCAUUCCCGACUCGCAGAUUAUCCUUAUGCUGCCCGACGAUAUGGCCUGCAACCCGCGCAACGCUUUCCCAGGAGCCGUGUUCAAUAAUGCUGACCGCGCCCUCGAUCUGUAUGGAGACAACAUCGAGGUGGAUUACAGAGGGUAUGAAGUCACAGUGGAGAACUUCAUCCGGCUCAUGACAGAUCGCUGGGGCGAGGACACCCCCCGCAGCAAGAGGUUGAUGACAGAUGAGCGGAGUAACAUCUUGGUCUACAUGACAGGACAUGGCGGCAACGAAUUCCUGAAGUUCCAAGACGCGGAAGAAAUCAGUGCUUUCGACCUGGCCGACGCGUUCGGUCAGAUGUGGGAGAAGAAACGCUACCAUGAGAUGCUCUUCAUGAUCGACACCUGCCAAGCAAACACCAUGUAUUCGAAAUUCUACUCCCCCAACAUCCUCGCCACCGGCUCCUCCGAGAUCGACCAAUCCUCUUACUCGCACCACGCCGAUCAAGAUGUCGGCGUCGCCGUCAUCGACCGCUACACAUACUACAACCUCGAGUUCCUCGAGACACAAGUCCGCGACCCGACAUCGAAGCUUACAAUGGGUGAUCUGUUCGACAGCUACGACGAGGAGAAAAUCCACUCGCACCCGGGCAUACGUUACGAUCUGUUUGAGGGCGGCGAGCAGUCGGCGAGGAAUAGACUCGUCAUGGAUUUCUUCGGCAAUGUGCAGAACGUGGAGGUCGAGGGUGAGAAGAGGAAUGAGACACAGUGGAGGCGGGAGCUGGAGGCUAUCGAGAAGAUGAUCCUUGAGGCGAAGAGGAGACACAAUGAGAGCUUGAGCGUGCACCCACAGGCGCAGCAUAUUGUUGAAGAAGCAAAGCCGGCUCAGAAUUUAAAGAGGCAGGGUGCGGCAAUGAUACAGGAGGAACAGAGCUGGUCGAAGCAGAUCGUGGGUGCUGCGGCACUGGUUGGCUGUGCUGUAGCCUGGGCCGCAGGAAGCUGGCUGGAAUCACAAUGAGAUGGCAGAAGAUCGUGUCUGUGUUGUUAUUUGCUAUAUACCCCUAAGCAAC